CACGCCUUCCAGCCGCUGGACGCGUGGGCGAAGGCUCUGCAAUUGGCCGAGCGCCUGGAGGACCGCCGCGCCAUCCUGAGCGCCUUCGUGGGCGCGCAGCGCUUGGCCCUGCAAGGGGGCCUGGCCAAGCUCCCCGGGUCGGGCCCCGCGGGCGCCCUGCUGCUUGCGUGCUCGCGGCUCGGCUGGCGCAUGGCCUCAGACCAGACGCUGCGCGACGACCUCGGCCGCGAGGUGGAUCUCAUGGCCAGCAGCCGCCACACCCUGCAGGGCAUCGUCGAGGCAGGCUUGCGCAGGCAGCUUUGGCGUGACGCGGCAGACCAUCAUGAGGAGUUGGAGGCUCUGCGCCGCGGCGGGGCCGUCGCCAGCAUUCGUUACGCCUUCCUGUCCAAGAAAGCGACGGCGAGGCUGGCGGCCUGCAGCUCCUCGGCACGCAACGCCUUGGUGGGCUGCCUGUGGCCG